AUGGCUUCAGCUAUAUUCACAUCAUUUGUUUGUCGUCAGCAACGGUUAUUAAAUCUUACACGUUCACCAGUUGCAACACAACUAUAUACUCGACUUGCUUCCACAUCAGUUCAACAACAAACUCAAAAUAAACCUACUGAUUUAAAUCAAUUAAAAAACUUAAAAGUCGAGUAUCAAGAUGGUAUCGCUGUUGUACUAUUCAAUCAAGAAAAUUCUAAAGUUAAUACAUUAUCAAGAGGAAUGAUGGAUGAAUUUGUUCCAUUAUUUAAUCAAUUACAAAAUGAUGAUAAAGUUAAAGGCAUUGUGGUUAUGUCAGCUAAACCAGGUUCAUUCAUUGCUGGAGCUGAUAUUAAUAUGCUUGAAUCAGCUAAAAAUCGUGAUGAACUUUUUAAAAUUUCACGUCAUGGUCAAGAUGUUAUGAAUCAAAUUGAACAAUCAAGAAAACCAAUUGUUGCUGCUAUUUCUGGUUCAUGUCUUGGUGGUGGAUUUGAAGUUGCCUUAGCAUGUCAUUAUCGUAUUGCAAUGAAUGAUAAACGAACUGGAUUUGGUGUACCAGAAGUUAAAUUAGGUUUAUUACCUGGUGCUGGUGGUACACAAAGAUUAGUACAAAAACUUUCAUUACCUGAUGCACUUGAUGUUAUUUUAACUGGUAAAGAAAUCAAAGCAAAAAAAGCGAAAUCAAUGGGUUUAGUUGAUGAUAUUGUUGAGCCCAUUGGACCAGGUUUACAACCAAUCGAAGAAAAAAAUAUGGAUUAUCUUCGAUCAGUUGCUGUGCAAAAAGCAAAAGAGUUAACUGUGCAAAAACCUGCUAAGAAGGAACCUGGUUUAGUAGAAAAUAUCAAAUCCAAAAUAAUGUCAAGUUCAUAUGUACGAAAUUAUAUUUUUCAACAAGCUCAAAAGAAAGUUAUGUCACAAACACAAGGUCUCUAUCCUGCACCAUUAAAAAUUUUAGAUGUUAUUAAACAAACUUUAGAAAGUGGUUCAAAAGUGGGAUAUAAUGCUGAAGCAGAAGGUUUUGCUGAUCUUGGUAUGACAACUGAAUCGAAAGCAUUAAUUAGUCUAUUUCAUGGACGUACUGAAUGUAAGAAAAAUAAAUAUGGAAAACCAGAAAGAGAAGUAAAAAAUAUAGCUAUUGUUGGUGCCGGCCUCAUGGGUGCAGGUAUUGCACAUGUAUCUAUUGAUAAAGGUUAUAAUGUUAUAUUACGUGAUGUGACAUCUAAAGCAGUUUCACGUGGUUAUUCACAAAUUACUAAAGGUUAUCAAGACUCUGUUAAACGAAAAAGAAUUACAAAUGCUCAAUAUGAUAAUAUAUUAUCCAAUUUACAAUGUCAAACAACAUUUGAUAAUUUUGAAAAAUGUGAUAUGGUUAUUGAAGCUGUAUUUGAAGAUCUUAAAUUAAAACAAAAUGUUCUUGCUGAACUUGAACAACGUAUUCCAGAACAUUGUGUAUUUGCUUCAAAUACAUCAGCAUUACCUAUCCAUCAAAUAGCUACUAAAAGUCGACGUCCAGAAAAAGUUAUUGGUAUGCAUUAUUUUUCACCCGUAGAUAAAAUGGAAUUAUUAGAAAUUGUUCGAGCUAAACAAACAUCAGAUGAUACAGUACGUUCAGCUGUUAGUGUUGGUAUUAAACAAGGCAAAGUUGUUAUCGUUGUUGGUGAUGGUCCAGGUUUUUACACAACACGUUUAUUAAUGUUUUCUGGUUCUGAAGUAUUUAAUCUUCUUCAAGAAGGUGCUACACCAAAAGAUAUUGAUAAAGCAACAAAAAAAUUUGGUUUUCCUGUUGGUUCAGCAACAUUAUUUGAUGAAGUUGGUAUUGAUGUUGCUUCUCAUAUUGCACAUGAUAUGCACGCUAUUUUUGGUCAACGUCUUGCUGAUCCAUCAAUGCCACAAUUAUUUCGAGAACUUGUCACCAAUAAUUUACUUGGAAGAAAAACAGGACAAGGUUUAUAUAUUUAUCAAGCGGGUGUUAAAGGUGGUGAUCGUGAAAUAAAUCCGAAAUUUAUUGAAAUAAUGAAAAAUUAUUCCAAAGAAGCUAAAGAAAAAGUAACAAUGGAAAAUAUUCAAUGGCGUACAGGUCUUCGAUUUUUAAAUGAAGCAGCACGAUGUCUUGAAGAAAAAAUUAUUACAUCUCCCACUGAUGGUGAUAUUGGUGCAGUAUUCGGUCUUGGAUUUCCUCCAAUGAAAGGCGGUCCAUUCCGUUUUAUGGAUACAUAUGGCGUUUCAAAAAUAGUUGACUUGAUGAAUAAUCAUCGUAGUAAAUAUGGUGAUCGAUUUACACCAACACAAUUAUUAGUUGAUAUGGCCAAAGAAAACAAGAAAUUUUAUUCAUAA